AUAGCGACUACCAAUCAGGCGCUCCGGAGGGCGGGGCCGAGUCAGGGAAAGUAAUUCGGCACGCCCUGAUUAUGCGGGCAACGCUGGGCUGCAGGCUAGGCUCAGCUGGGUGUCGUGGAGGGAGAGUCCCCUGCUUGCCCGCCCCUUGACUCGGUGGCCAAGGCUGGAGAAGGCGUGCGCGCGCCUCAGCAAAAGGGCUUCUUAGUUUUCCACCUUCCUGUCUUUGUCGAGUUGGAUUCCGGGGUCCUUCUCAGCGUCUGCAAGGCACCAGGUUAAGGGGAAGCAAACAUGUCGCUGGCUUCCUGGUUUGGGUGGAAUGAACCCCCCAGUCACAUUUCUCAGAGGAGCCCAACAGAAAUGGUGAUGGAAACCCUUAUGAUGGAACUUGGCUGGCAGCUCAAGGAAGCUGAGAAACAGCAUCGGGAGCGAGAGAAUGAAUACCGUAAGAUAAAGACAGGUGUCGACUAUGGUUGGCUAGUUAGCUACCCAAAGCACAGCUACGAUAUCAGUCCAGGGGAGCGUCUGCAGCUGGAGGACAUGUGCUCCAAAAUACAUCCAUCCUACUGUGGGCCUGUCAUCAUUAGAUUUCGGCAACUUGUUGCUGAAUAUGAACCAGAAGCAUCGGAAGUUUCUCGGCUUUUUCGUUCUGUUCUCCAAGAAGCUAUCGAGAAGAGCAAAGAGGAAGAAGAGGCAAAGAAGCUUGCAAAACAAUGGAACACAAAGCACAAAACCAGCCUCUCUCUCACAACAUUCAAGUCUCGGGUCAGGAUUUCGCCAUUCAGCAGUGGCAUCAAGACCAUUUCGGAAGAUGUUGAGAGAGGCACUGAUCCAACCAGGAGGGCGUGGAGCAUGCCUGAAUUCAGGAGUACCAAGGACUACUGACUCUAUUUAUAAUUAUUGGAUUUUAGAAACAAACCAUUGCAUUUAUGUGUUUAUUUAUUCAUUCAUUUUUGUGUGACUUUUUGUUCUCUGUCCAGUUGUCCUAUUUUGCUGUAUUCUGUUGUGAAUUCACAUCAACGCUUCUUGGGCUCCUUUAAAUCAACAUCUGUAUGUUCCUGUUUUCAUAUAGACUGGCCUCUCAACACAAAUGGCCAGCUUGGUGCACUAUGGGCUCCAUAUAGCUUAGCCUUUGUUUUGCUUUAUUUGAGACUGAAAGAGAAACCAGAAAGUAAUUGUGAGAAUUAGCCCUGUGUUUCUGUUUUACCUCUUUCAUAGAUCUCUCUCGCGGUGCCCAUAAUGCUGCAGCUGCUGUCCAUGCUAUCUGGACCAUCCACCUCACCAGCCCCAGCUAAAUAUUUAGCAGCAUACUGAGGGGACUACACACACCAUCACCAUGCAGUAACCAUAAACUUAAUUCUAAUAGCAAUCAGAGAAAUCCUUUUACUUGCUCCAGCAUAGGAUUAUUUUAAGAUUUCACAAACGGAAACCUCAAGCAGCCAUCGGUGUAAGAUGGCAGAGAAUGUCUCUUUCAAAAUGGCACCAGGCUGUGGCAUCACCAUCAUAACUUGAGAAAGGGAGUUUCUGUGACUGCACACCAUUCUUCACCUGUAAAAUCCCCUUGUGAGGCAGCAGGUAUCAAAAGGGCACACUUUGCUUCUGUGCAGGAGGAAGGGACAAAGCCAGGCCUGGCCGGCUACCAUUGGCUACCAAGCCCAGCUAGUAUCUGGGGACCCUUAAGCAUGUUAUUGCUUGGCAAGUGAGGGCUGUUCUUAUUUCUGUCUGUAUGUUUUGGUGCUUUCCCUCCUCUUUGAAAAGCAGUUGUUACCAGGCCCUAACCAGGUGUGCGCCUGGGCUUAUAAUUGAACCCUUUUGCAUGGCUCUGUCCUGAGGCAGAAGGGAGGGAUCAAGGCACCCAUACAGACACUUUAAUGCAGUGCUGUUGAACACAAGGUUGUGCUAUGGAGGAAGGUGCAUCUCUUUCUUGUUGCCAGUAGCUCUUCAAAGCUAGAAGGAGCUACUGGCUCUUAGGCUAGAGGAGGAAGUGCUUUGAUGUGCUGUUUCCAUGGUGUAUCUCUAAGGCAGCUGCUGUCACAUUUCAAAUCAGGGAAGGAAAUGUGUUGGUGCUUGUGCAGGAGAACUUUCAGCUGGCAUGUGGCUUUCUCCUGUAUGAGAAGAAAUGUGUUUAUAUUUUUGGAACAUUGGACACUGACACGGAUGAAAUCUGUCCAGUCUGUCUACUUACGGAAGACAAAAUGCAACCCUGGCUUGAACGGUUUGGUAUUCUAAACAGGAGGUUUUUGAAUCCAAUUGUGUUUUCUUUGCAUGUAGAUUAAAAUAAAUCCAGACAAUCACUUUAAACACAGGGAUUCGCUUACAGUGGCAUCUUUGGAUGUGUCAGGCUACAAAGCACAAUCCAGCCAGAGUUAAGCAUUAAUAUAAUAGAAGGAGACUUUGGGGCAGGUAUAAAUCGUCUAUUGAAAUCAGUGGGGCUUACUUUUGGCUGGCUCAUGCCAUGUAUCCUGUGCAAAUAGUGAAAUGGGUCAAGUGACUAAAGAGGCUAAAUAUAAGGCUGUGUCCCAUUGGAAACAAAGGUUGAGUAUUAACUCUUGCUAUUUUAGAGCACUGGUUUUUCAGUUGUGAUGGCUUCCAGGCUGAUGCUUGAAAGUGAAUGGGGCACUGAAAGUUAAGUGAGUUUUGUGUUUCAUAUGCUGUGCCAGUUAAGAGUGCUACCUGGAUCCUUUUAUUUUUGUACAGCUACUAAGAUUUCUCGUGGAGUGAUUUUUCUCAGCUUUUCGGCUUCAUUAUAUAUACAAGCAGAAUAGUGCUAUGUGGAUGCACUGUCAUAAGGAAUUCACUCUUUCACACACUUUUCUGAAGAUACCAGCAAACAGCAUUAUUUUAAUACCAAACAAACUCAGGGUUUCCAAGUACCAGAUCCAGUUUGAUUUGGACCAUUUAAACUCAGGAGCAGAGAAAGAGAUCCAAAAUAAUUUGACAAUCACACAAUUGCUAUGCCACUUUCUAAAUCUAUGAAUAUUUGUUUACAGCAUUUGUAUACUGCUUUUCUUACAUGAAAAAAGAAACAUUUUUUAAAAAAAUAACUAGUAAUUUAAGGGCUAAUGGUAUGAACUCCCUGGCCUGGGCUCUCCCCCCACCUGCUUUCCCACAGGACACACAGGUGUUUAGCCCCAAGGAUGGUGGGGGAGAUGGUGACCCAGAUGAAUUAUCUUAGGCUGUGGGGAUCUGUAUUUCAUAGAGCAGUUUUUAAAAGUUACGUAUGUUUUCAUGUGGUAUCCCUUUCCUAUCUAGUAUGUGUAUAUGUGUUCUUCUUUGUGUUAGGGCCUGAUUCAUAAGGAAAAGCAUGAAAAGCCAUUUUCUAACAUUGUCAUUUGACUAACUUUUGUAUCAACCGGUGAACAGUUAUUUGCUGUAUUAAAUUCUGAAAUACAUUCUUUAAUUUUAGCUGUCCCAUUGCCCUGUGGGUUUUUUUAUAUCCAGUGUUCUGUUUGUUAGGAGCUUCAGUAUUAUUUCUGUACCGUAACCUGAGUGCUAAUUAAAAGGACUUCUCCUCCCCAUUUGCAUAUAA